UAUUCCCCAAAACCUCCCCACAAUCUUCUUCCGCAGAGAGAAUGGGCGAAGAAGAAGCAAAGACAGAGACGAAGAAGAGGGCGGUGGAGUCGCUGGGAUGGCUGACGGAAUCAUCAAUCAUGCCGCGGAAGCAUCGCGCCAUCGAAGGAGUCGGCGCCUCCUCCAUCCUCGAGCUCAAAGCCCAACUCUACAGGUCGCAGGAGGAGUCGAAACGCAAUCCCAAAGACGCAGUACGCCCCACCGACCAAAAUUACGCCCAACAUCUCGAGGUCCAUCGCGCCAAGAAGAAGAUCGCCGAAAAGGACACUUUCUCCAAUAAGAACUCCGGCGUCGAUGCCCGUGCCCACAAGGAUAAGCUUGAGCUAAAGGCUGUUCAGGAUGGAUCAGCGAGCUACGCUGCGUUGGAGAAGAAGGCGGAAAUAUAUAAUAAGCUGGUGAGGGGGGAACUUUCCGAUGGAGAAGAUGAAGAGAAGUACUGUGUUGAUUUUUUUAGGAAGGGUCUGGAGCAGGAUGAGCCCCGGAUGUCGAGAGAGAAUGAUACUUCCACGCCCCAAGCUCAGACGUCUCAAGAGAAUGUAGACGCUGAUGAUGGUGAGGAUUUCUUGCCGAUUGGUGGAAAAGCUGCAGGGGUCGGGCGGGCGUCUGCUGCUGUGGACAGGAGUCAGCAUAAGCAUUUUGUAAUGGAAGUUCAUGAGGAAGCAAAUCAAGCAAGGGAAAAAGUGUCCGAAUUAAAACUGCGAAGACAAGAGCAGCUUGCUGCACGUAGGGAAAAAUUAAAGCAAGCCUACCUCCGAAAGCAGCUCGAGAAGUUGAAAGCAUCCAAAGCAGAGCAAGCCUGAUUGGAAAGCAGCUAAAACUGCACAGGCAGUAGCAGCUACAAAAAGAGAAAAAUUAAAGCAAGCCCACUCCGAAAGCAGCUCGAGAAGUUGAAAGCAGCUAAAGCAGAGCAAGCCUGAUUGGAGAGGUGAUUGAUCACUAUGGAGUAUACUUUUUAAGGAUUGAAUUGCAUAGAUUUGAAUCCCUUGUUUUCUUAGGAAACAUCACAUAACUCAUUAUGAACUUUGAUGUUUCUAGUUGCUGUAUAUCUUCUGGUCUAUCAAAGUUCUAGCCUUUUUAGUGUCUAA